AAAACCUAAGAAAACUAAAAUGGGACGUUGCCUGGGAGAUACAAUGGUGCAGUUUGAGAAAGCUGAAAACUCAUCAUUAAAUCUUGUUGGAAAAGCGAAAGGGAAAGUACCUCGACAAUCCAUUAUCAAUCCAGACUGGGACUUUCAGAAAAUGGGAAUUGGUGGUUUGGACAAGGAAUUCAAUGCCAUCUUUAGGCGAGCUUUUGCAUCGCGUGUUUUUCCUCCUGAAAUUGUUGAGCAAUUAGGUUGUAAGCAUGUAAAAGGAAUCCUGCUAUUUGGGCCACCAGGAACAGGGAAGACACUAAUGGCUCGUCAAAUUGGGACCAUGUUGAAUGCUCGUGAACCUAAAAUAGUUAAUGGACCUCAGAUUUUGGAUAAGUAUGUUGGUGAAUCUGAGGCUAAUGUUCGGCGGCUUUUUGCAGACGCAGAGGAAGAGGAAAAAAGGCUUGGUCCUAACAGUGGCCUUCAUAUUAUCAUAUUUGAUGAAAUUGAUGCAAUUUGUAAGUCUCGAGGCUCAGUGGCUGGUAAUACCGGAGUGCAUGAUACAGUUGUAAAUCAGUUACUUGCCAAAAUAGAUGGUGUUGAACAGCUGAAUAACAUUCUAGUCAUUGGAAUGACUAAUCGCAGAGACAUGAUUGAUGAAGCUUUGCUUCGACCAGGAAGAUUAGAGGUACAAAUGGAAAUUGGAUUACCAAAUGAACAAGGACGAUUCCAAAUUCUUAAUAUCCAUACAAGUAGGAUGAAGGAUUACAAGAAAAUCAAUCCAGAUGUUGACAUCAAGGAAUUGGCAGUUCUAACAAAGAACUUUAGUGGAGCUGAGUUGGAAGGUUUGGUGCGUGCUGCACAGUCCACGGCAAUGAACCGUCUCAUUAAGGCUGCUAGCAAAGUGGAAGUUGAUCCUGAAGCUAUGGAGAAGUUGUUGGUGAAUCGAUCAGACUUUCUUCAUGCUCUUGAAAAUGAUAUCAAACCUGCCUUUGGAACAAGUGGUGAAGUGCUGGAACAUUUUCUUGCUCGCGGAAUCAUUAACUGGGGUACUCCUGUAAGCAGUAUCCUAGAAGACGGAAUGUUGUUCAUACAGCAGGCCAGGGCUACCGACACAUCAGGUUUAGUUUCUGUUCUUCUUGAAGGCCCACCAAAUUCUGGAAAGACAGCUCUAGCUGCGCAACUUGCAAAAAAUUCAGACUUUCCUUUUGUGAAAGUUUGUACACCAGAAGAAAUGGUUGGUUUCACUGAAUCUGCCAAAUGUUUGCAUAUAAGAAAGGUAUUUGAUGAUGCUUACCGCUCGCAGUUGAGCUGUAUAUUGGUGGACAACAUUGAACGUCUUCUUGAUUACGGUCCAAUUGGACCUCGUUAUUCUAACCUUACACUACAGGCACUCCUUGUUCUUUUGAAAAAAGAACCCCCAAAAGGACGGAAACUAUUAAUUCUUUGUACAAGCAGCAGGAGGCAAGUGUUAGAAGAUAUGGAGAUGUUGUCAGCUUUUACAGCUGUUCUUCAUGUUCCAAACCUUUCACAACCAGAUCAUUUAAUGGCUGUUCUUGAAGAAUCAGAUGUUUUCACCAAGAAGGAUUUGUCAGCGUUAUCUCGGAAGAUUCUUGGCCACAGGGUGUUCAUUGGCAUCAAGAAAUUGCUGGCUUUGAUUGACAUGGCUCGUCAGACAGAGGAGCCGUACAGAGUUAUAAAAUUCCUUUCUAAACUUGAAGAGGAAGGAGGUUUGGAUAUGGGCUCCUCAAUACAGUAAACACACAUUUCAUGGGUAAGGAGAAUGUUGUAUUUGUGUUCAGUUACUUUCUUCAGUAUCUGUUGUGAGGGAGACAGAACUAUUAGGAAAAUCAGCAUUGAUUUAAAAAGUAGAAUAAUUCUAGAUAUAAGUAAAAAUUCCUUGGUUAUUCCAGUUCUGCAUAUCUCAAAACAGGAAGAAACAAUGAUAAUUAAAAAAAAUAUGUAUUUUUGUUCAUUCUUGUGGUUUAAAUCUUAUUGUGUCAUGGUAUAGUCAUUAGAAAUAUUGACUAGUUUAAUUAAUUUUAUUUUUAUGUGUAAUGAAUUUCUGUCCUGUAUCUUUAAAUAAUGAAAGUUAAAACUUUUAAUUAGUUGAGUGUAAUUCUGUGAAAAGAUACCACAUAGAUACAGCAAGAUGUUAGCAUCAGUCUUGAUAUUUGCCAUUUAAUGGUAAAUUAGAUUCCAUUAAUAGUACAUUUCCUUUUAGAUAUAUCCCAGAAUAUAAACACUGUUUUGUGAUAAAUGUAGUUAUUUAGACUCUGUUUAGUCUUGAAAGACUUGAAUUCUGUAUCAUUGUUGAUGUAUAGUUAAAUAAAAAUAUCUUAUUGAUGUAAAAA